AUGGCUAAAGUGUUUGACAUUUUUAAUAUCAAAAAACAGAAAACAACACUAGAAUCUCAAAAUGAACAAUUAACUGUUGGUAUAGAAAUUGAUAUAAUUGCACAAAAAAGUAUUGUAGAUGAAGACAAUGUCAUUUGUGACUUAGGAACUUUAAUAACAGGCCCUGUGCAACCAAUUUUGACAUCAUAUCCACUAACUAAAUUUGGUACACAAAAUCGCGCUUUCAAUAAUAAGCAUUACAAAAUAUAUGAAUGGCUUGAGUAUAGUAUAUCGAAAGAUUCUAUUUUUUGCUUUGCUUGUAGAAAUUCUAACACUGGAAAUAGUGGCAAUUUUGAAGAUAGCUUUCUAGUUGGUUUCAGAAAUUGGAAAAAAUUGAGUGUUAGUAAUGGAACUAAAGGUGGGAAUAAAAGUAAAAUUAAUAAAUUGGAUACACAUGCUAAAAGUAAUUUACAUUUAACAUGUAUGGUUAAAUGGUCAGCAUAUCAGAAGACAAAAGAAACUGGUAGUGUUUAUUCUCAAAUAUCUUCGCAGCAUACAUUGAUGGUUGAAAGUAAUAGAAAAUAUAUGAAAAUAUUAGUUGAUAUUGUUCUAUUUAUAAGUUGUCAAGGACUUAGUUUUCGAGGACAUGACGAGACAAAAGAUUCUUUAAAUCAAGGAAACUUUAAAGAAAUUUGUAAACUUUUAGCAAAAAAUAACGAGGAAUUUGCAAAAAAAUUUAAUCUGAAAACCAAUUAUUCGAGUCAUAUCAUUCAAGAUGAACUUACAAGUAUACUUGCAGAUAUUGUGAAAGAAACGAUUGUGAAAGAUAUUGAAGAUGUUGAGGUAUUUGGAAUUAUGUGCGAUGAAGCAAGGUGUUACAAACAAGAACAAAUGGCAUUAUGUGUAAGGUAUGUCAAAAAUCUAGAUGUCGUUGAGAGAUUUCUUGGUUUUAUAGAUUGUUCUAAGAAACAAGAUGCUGAAUCUUUAUAUCAACAUAUAUUAUGGUAUCUGAAAAAUUGUAAUCUUAGUUCUAAACCACAAAUAGUUGCUCAGUCAUAUGACGGUGCGAACGUAAUGUCUGGGAAAUUUAACGGACUACAAAGUAAAGUAAAAAGUCAAUAUCCUUACGCUAUUUAUACACACUGUAUGGCGCAUAAAAUGAACCUCAUUGUCAUUGAUAUGUGUAAAUAUGUAAAGGUAAUGAAUAUUUUUUUAUACCUAUUUUUAUAUCAAUGAUUUUAGUUUUUACUUAUUAUAUUAAUAUUAGGAAACGAGGAAUGUGUUUAACACUUUAGAAUCCCUAUACAUA